AUGGCAUACCAGGAAGAUGUGUCAACAAUUGCAGAAGUAGAGAAGCUCAACAGUGAGGCCAAUGUUCUCUAUAAAUCGGGAAAAUUCCUUGAAGCUAUGACGAAGUACCAAGAAGCCAUGGCAGCAGAUAAAACUUCUGGGCCUUGUACUUUUAAAUUUUUCCGCAACAUGACUGCUGUCUACUUUGAGCUCGGCAGGUAUACUCAAUGCCUCGAGAAGACGAAGCAGGUUGUCGAACUGAUCCAGAACAUGAUGCCAGAGGAUAAAGCCAUCUUUGUGAAGCUUGCGCAGCGAAUGGAGAGAUCUAUUGAACAUAUUCCUAAAGCCUCAGAUGAACAGAAGCUGAGAAGUCGUCUGAAAAUCAGUGUUUCUUUACCACGCUACCGUGCUUCUCUGGUUACAACGACUGAAUACUUUACGGUUGGGCACGACAUUCCCGAAGGCAUCUUUCACGACCUCAUCCAGAAACCCCGUCGAGAUGAGAAAGACAGAACACUCUCAUUCUUUUUUGGUGGCAUCGGGGAUGCUCGCAAUUAUAUGCAACGAUGA